AUGAUGAGAACAACAUCUUCGUUACUUGGCUUGCUAAGCAUUCUUAUUCUCAGUUUCAGCACGACAACCACUGCCACGCUGUCACAUUCUGAUAGUAGCAGUGGUUUGGUAAGCAGCCCAAAAGCAACCAUUGCUGUUUCCCAAAGCCUAGUAGUACCCUCUACAGUCUUGGAGAUUCCUCGAGGAGGAAACAAGCGUGUUGUUCCAAGGAGAAAACGCAGCAGCGUCAAAUCCUUCUUGGGAUGGAGGGAACGGGUCCAAGAGAUAGGAGACUCUCUCACCGAGUUUACCGAGCGCAAGACCUUUUUUUCCACACAACUCAUGCCGAAAAGUGAAGCGGAUGCCGAAUGGGCAGCCUUUCUAAAGGGAUGGUUGUUGGUAGCCCUUCCCAUUCCACUUCCGCUCAUGUUUGUGGCCCUCAUUGCGUAUUCCACCCUCAUGUCCUUUUCACUUUGGGAAGAUCCCAUCAAACGCAAGUUUAUUAUUGGACUGUAUCAUGGUGUUUUGGUAUUCGCUGUCGUCUUGAGGGAAAUGGAAGAAAAGAUUGAAGAGAUUACACAUCCAAGGCAAGUGAUGAUUCUUCUCAAUGUGGCUACCAAUCUAUUCUUGGGAAAGACGGGACGCUUCAAGGCAACCAAGUUUUUGAUGGAUAGCUCGACGUUUAGCACUCUCUUUUACAUUCUGUAUCAGUAUUUUGAUACCUCUUCGACAGGUACCUCGGUUGGGGGUUGGUACAGGUAA